AGCGCUGCUGCUCUGUUCUAAACGGUUAACCUGCCACUCUGUGCUGCGGAGUAGAGAGACCAACACCCAUCUCAUCAGCCAAGAUCAUCAGCGAAUCACAAGGCUCAGCCAUGGCCCCGUGGGCCGACAGUGUGGCUAGUGUUGCUAGUAUUUCCUGGGUUGUGUGGAUGACUGUCUCCACAUGCUUUUGUAUAGCUGUAACAGGAACUCAUUUCUAUGUUCCUGUGGUCGAGCUGUCUGGUUCUAACAGUCCUUCUCAAAACCACCAUUGCUGCUGGUUCUAAUGUGAAAUAUCAGACCAUGAAGACAUGCACACUGGAGGGGUCGUCAGUGAGCAUCGUCUGCAGCUACAGCUACCCAAAAGGUCAUAAGGUCACAGCCACCCAUUGGUUUAAAGCUCAAUCGCUGGACAAAGUGACACAUGACAUCUUCCAAGACCACGUGAUGAGGGACCGUGUCGAAUACUUAGGCGACGGGACCCAGAGUUGCACUGUGAGAAUCAACGAUCUCCGUUUGGGUGACUCUGGAACCUACUGGUUCAGCUUUGAGACGGAUAAUUCCGGAAAGAAACUGAGCAGCGCAUCCGGGUUUACCCUCUCAGUCACAGACCUGGUGGUGGAGGUGAGGCCGGAGGUGACGGAGGGGGAGGAGGUGGACCUCUACUGCGGCUCCUGCAUCCUGAGUGAAGCCCCCACCUACGUCUGGAUGAAGGAUGGUCACAUACUCGCCAGCCUGGAGCGAACCAACCUGCUGCUGAUUGACCCCGCACGCAUGAACGACACGGGCAAUUACACCUGCCAGGUCAAAGGUCAUGAGGUCAUGAGGCCACGCCCUCUCACCCUAUCAGGCUUACUGUGUCAUGUAAACAGCAGGUGCAGGUGAAGUUGCCACCUGGGCAGGUGAAAGAGGGGGAGCGGUUGGAGCUCACCUGUGACACCACCUGUCCUGUGACCAGUAGCCUGGCCUUCUUCGAGUGGUCCAAAGACAGCC